AUAUUAUACAGCGGUAUGGUUUCUCUGUUCCAAAAUUAGACAUCCAGUAUUCUUAGUUCUUUCACACUCUCGCACUUGCAUCUGCUGAAGGACUUGUGCACACUCACUGACCAGGAAAACAAUGCAAAGGAAUUUAUUGUAGAGCAAAAUUCAGAAAAACGUCAAAUAUGGAUUCCAAUGACGAAGCCCAAAUCGCUUAUCAAAAGUUCACAUCCGGGGACUAUGAAUGUGCAGAAUCUUUGUAUGCUGAACUGCUGGAAAAGGAUAAUCAAAAUACAGAGUACCUUGCACACAAAGCUGAAUGUAAUUUUAAACUAUCCAAAUUUCAAACUUGUUUAGAUGACGUCAAAUUCUUGAUGUCUUUGAAUCCAGCCGACCACGUGGACGCAUUCAUAUCCGGUGGAAGGGCGGCGACAAAAUUGGAGAAAUAUGAAGACGCAUACCACUGCUACAAGGCAGGACUGAAAAUUGUCCCAAAACACAAGGAAAUCAUUGAGGACCUGAGAGAGCUUCAGAAAAUCAUCAUCAAAGACGUGGAAACGAAGGCUGCUGCUUACGAAGAGAGGGACUAUAAUGCAGUGGACUUCUGUACGCAGGAUCCUUACCCAGGAGACGUCGAUUUAUUCAAAUUAGAGGUGGAAAUUCUGGAAAAGAAGUACAAGAUCAAAACGGAGACCUUCCCACAGAAGCCCUUUGAUAACCUUGUGCAGCAACAAGUGGCCAAUGCGACAUUGGCGGGUCACAAUUGUAUGCAGGCCGCGAAAUGGAAAGAAGCCCAGAAAUGCUUUACGAUGGCUCUUCAACAGGACCCCAACAACUAUGUCGUUCGAAGACUUCGAGCCGACGCCAGCAACAAUCUUGACGAAAUAACGGCGACCUUCCAAGAUCUUUGGCUUAUUCCAAAAAUGAAGCGAACACAAGACACUUGGAAACUAGGAGGUAAAAUGUUGAUGAGGUUCGAUCUACUAGUUCUUGCUGAAUUCUGGUUUCGCAAAGCGACACAGAUGACAACAGGCAAGGAUGAUGAACCGAAAAUUCUUUUCCAGAAAUGCCGCGUUAUACGCUUGUACGGGCCCCUGACGACAGACUGCCCCAUCAAAGUGGACUUCACGGAGUACGGACGAGCUAUCUAUGCCACCGAGGACAUCCCGGAGGGGGAGACGGUAUUCGAAGACUCGCCCAUUGUCCUCGGUAAAGUGUUCGACACUGUUCAUUACAAAACCACCAUCCAAUCGUGUGACCAUUGUGCCCAGUCUCUGCUUUCACCGCAGGAAUAUUUCAUGGAAACCUUUUCAACCAUGGAAAGUGAUCUUCGUGAUUUGGUGUUAAAAUACUGGCCCAAUACGAAACCGAUAUACUGUAAAAAUUGCAAAUUCGUCAAGUACUGCAGCAAUGACUGUCGGACGCAGAGUUGGAACACUUACCACAAAAUCAUAUGCCCCGCGAGAUCCAGCGCCACAGCAAGACUCUUCAAACUCUCGGAAAAUCUCGGCAAAGAACCUGAUGAAACAGGCACCAUGGUGGAAGUUUGGGAUGGGCAUUUCAGUCCAUUAAUUCUCGCUCGAGUGUGGGCAACAAUUGUCACUACAGCAAAAUCACUGGCCAGAGAAAGUGGAGACAUUAUUCCAACUAAGGACCAGUGGGCAAUGGCAAAAAGUCCGUACAGAAAAUUUAUUGCAUAUGGGAAUAUCUCAGUGGAGAAAGAUCAGAAAGAGAUCAAGGCGUUGUUUCGGGAAAUCUUCAGCGACUGUGGAGAUGGCGUGAGCUAUGAAAUCACAGAUGCAGAGUAUAACGGGCGUUAUUACCAAGCUGUCUGUAAUCUUCAGGUUUUCUCCUCACCAUGGACGCCCUAUCACAAAUUCCUGGAGGAGCUUGGUCGCGCGGAGGAAGACGAAGACCGCACCCUCAGACUCCUGAAGUAUCUAAAAGAAAAGCCACCAGCAUCUAAUGUGUGCGGAAUGUUUCCUCUUCACGCAUGCUUAAACCACUCCUGCCUCAACAAUGUGGAGGUAUCGGACGGCAUGGUCCACGGCAAGGGCGGCGUCACAGUGAGGGCCAAGAGAACCAUACAGAAGGGGGAGGAGAUAUUCACCACCUACAUCGACACGGCCAUGCCACGUAAGCUCAGGAGGGCGUGGCUUUACAAGUCCUUCAACUUUUGGUGCAGGUGUCCUCGCUGUCAGGUGGAAGGAGACGAUGCAGACGUUUGCACUAAAUGCGGCAAGAAGGCACCGGAAGGGAAAAAGUUCCCCGGAUGUGGCAAGUGUAUGAAGGCCUGGUACUGUUCCGUGGCCUGUCAGAAAAUCGCCUGGAAAUUAGGUCACAAACUUGUCUGCUCAACCGAACAUUCAAAGACAUCGUAUGGUUAAAAUGACUUAAAUUUAGAAAGUAUUGAAAUUGUGUACAGAGACUUGUAAUAUUGAAAAUAAACCUUCGAUUAAUAAAAUUUAAA